CGCGACGACGACGACGACCGACAUGACGGCCGGCCCCACGGGGUGCUGCUGCUUCACGUGCGUGCCCACGGGCACGGUGCAGGUGAUCCAGCAGUGCGGGAAGUUUGCGUUCUUCGCGCGCGAGGGGUGCCACUUCGUGAACCCGUUCAUCGGGCAGGCGGUCGCGGGGACGGUGUCGACGCGCGUGCAGUCGCUGGACGUGAGCGUGGAGACGAAGACGAAGGAUAACGUGUUCGUGACGAUCGUCGUGAGCACGCAGUAUCAGGUGCUGUCGAUGGACGAGACGCGAUUGUACGACGCGUUUUACAAACUGACGGAUUCCAAGGCGCAGAUUCGGUCGUACGUGUUCGACGUCGUGCGAUCGACGGUGCCGAGGAUCAAGUUGGACGACGUGUUCGAGAGCAAGGAAGAGAUCGCGCAGAGCGUGAAGGAGUUGCUGAGCAAGUCGAUGGAGGGAUUCGGGUAUCAAAUCAUGAACACGCUCGUGACGGACAUCGCGCCGGACGCGCGAGUCAAACAGGCGAUGAACGAGAUCAACGCCGCGCAGCGCGCGAGAGUCGCGGCGCAAGAUCGCGCCGAGGCGGAUAAGAUCAUGGUCGUCAAGGCUGCCGAAGCCGAUGCGGAGUCCAAGUAUCUCGCGGGUACGGGGAUGGCGCGUCAACGUCAAGCCAUCAUCGCCGGUUUGCGCGAAUCCGUGGUUGACUUCCAAGAAUCUGUGGAUGGUAUCUCAAGCAAAGACGUUUUGGAGAUGAUGAUGAUGACGCAGUACUUUGACACCAUGAAGGAAGUCGGCACGCAAGGCGGCAACUCGACCAUUUUUGUGCCUUCCGGUCCGGGCGCCGUCGCGGAGGCGUCCCGCGAUAUUCGCAUGGGCUUGAUGCAAGGUCAAGCCGCGCAAAUCGGUCGCGGCGCGUAAGCGCUCGCAACCAAUAACUGAUCAUUCAAAUUUUCUCGACGAGCAACGUACAGCACUCCCCUUUAAUUUCAGCAGCACUUAUUAAAUUACACUUUUAAACGGCGUCGAGGAA